GACAAGCCAUCACUUUCCUAGCUCAAUCAAACCCAUCUCUCGCUCUUUCUUGUUUCUUGACAAUGGCAGGAUCCUCUGCAAUCAAACCCACCCCCCUUUUGAAAGAUGAGUUAGAUAUAGUGAUACCCACAAUCAGAAAUCUUGAUUUCUUGGAGAUGUGGAGGCCUUUCUUUGAGCAGUAUCACUUGAUCAUUGUUCAGGAUGGUGACCCAUCAAAGACUAUCAAGGUUCCUGAAGGUUUUGAUUAUGAACUCUAUAACAGGAAUGAUAUUAACAGGAUUUUGGGUCCUAAGGCUUCUUGCAUUUCUUUCAAGGACUCUGCUUGUAGGUGUUUUGGUUACAUGGUCUCUAAGAAGAAGUAUAUCUAUACUAUUGAUGAUGAUUGCUUUGUGGCCAAAGACCCAUCAGGGCAAGAGAUUAAUGCACUUGAGCAGCACAUCAAAAACCUUCUGACUCCAUCAACUCCUCUUUUCUUCAAUACCCUUUAUGAUCCAUACAGAGAAGGAGCGGACUUUGUUCGUGGAUAUCCUUUCAGUCUCCGAGAGGGUGUUCCAACUGUUGUUUCUCAUGGCCUCUGGCUUAACAUUCCUGAUUAUGAUGCUCCCACCCAGCUUGUGAAGCCUCUUGAGAGAAAUACAAGGUAUGUUGAUGCGGUUAUGACAGUACCCAAAGGAACUUUGUUCCCAAUGUGUGGCAUGAACUUGGCAUUUAACCGUGAAUUGAUUGGACCUGCAAUGUACUUCGGUCUCAUGGGUGAUGGUCAGCCAGUUGGUCGCUAUGACGAUAUGUGGGCUGGCUGGUGCAUGAAGGUGAUAUGCGACCACAUGUGGUGGGGAGUUAAGACUGGUCUGCCAUACAUAUGGCACAGCAAAGCAAGUAACCCAUUUGUCAACCUUAAAAAGGAGUAUAAAGGAAUAUUUUGGCAAGAAGAGCUAAUCCCAUUCUUCCAAGCUGUAGUCCUUCCAAAGGAGUGCACUUCUGUUCAACAAUGCUAUGUGGAACUCGCCAAGCAAGUGAAGGAGAAGCUUGGGAAGACAGAUCCGUACUUCAUCAAAUUAGCAGAUGCCAUGGUCACUUGGAUUGAAGCUUGGGAUGAGCUUAACUUGGAAGGUAAGCCUGUGGAAGCAAAACAACCCAACGGCACUGCCAAGUAGAGGAUUCUGAAACCUGUUAUUUUAGCCUGUCCUUUUUAGUACCGAAUUUGUUAGUUGCCUAGUUAUUUAUAGUAGAUUUAUUAUUUAUAUUUUUAUCACUGAUUUAUUAUUAUGAUUAUUAUUGAGAGGUUUUGUAGUAUCCUGUAAUUUGUUAUACAGUAUCUGAUAUUGACCUUAGACAGUGAGGUAUGAGAUUUGCAAUUCAAAUCAGGCUCGACUUCAUGGGUA